UCUAUUGAUUGAGGUAGCGGGGUGGUGUGGCUCAGCGCCCGCCUCAGUAUGGUCCCGGCAUGAGCCAGUGAGGCCGCCAGGCUCCCCACAGCCCGGCACCGCACUCACCACCGCCGCCGCCGCCGCCGUGUGCCGCCCGUCACCCACCCACUCACAACCUCUCACCCAUCCCACCGCACACGCCACAGCCCCGCGCCGCGCCAUCCCGGGCACACCCACGCUGCCCAUGACUCGUUGCUGUGGUGGGCGGACUCCGGCCCCCCGCCGCCCCCGCCCCCGCCCGCGAGGCCCCCUUGAGUGUCGUCGGUAACUAUGCGCUGUGGGUCAGGGACGGGCCGGGGUUAUGGUGUGUCGGCACUGUCCGCGGCCCCCCUGGCGUCCUGCCCCCAUCGCCCUCCUCCUGCCGCCGCUCCUACUCUCCCUUGUCCUUGCCACCACUCACAGGCCGCACACUAACACUCCCCCUCCCAUACUCCUGCACGCCACCCCGCCAUCCACCACCAAAGCCACCGACCACCACGCCCACCAACACACCCACAGCCACCACAAUCAUCACCCCGUCCUGGCCGCGGUCAGGGCGGACACCCAAUGUGCGGCGGUGGCACCUCUUGACGCGCGUAGUCAGGAGGCACUCCCUCAGGAGAAACUCCAAGCGAAGUGCCAGACGUGUGAGGAGGACGAGAAGUGCUCGAACGAGGAAGUCCCGUGCCCGCGGCUCGAGACAACACUGUGCGAGGAGGAGAUAAAGGAAAACAGGGAACAGAAAAUUCGUAAUAUCACGUUACGGUACUGCCCCCACCUGGUCCUCCACUCCGUCAUGUGCAGGGACCAGGAGCGGCGGGUGACGGAUACCACCGAAACCCACUGUUCCAAGGAGGCCAGGCACCUGCAGGACAUCGACGACAUGGUGGGCCGGAUCCUGCUGCAGCACACCGAGCUCAUGGCCAAAUACAACUGUGAGGAGGAGUACUCCAUCACGCAGAACUGCACCGGGUGUAAGGUAGGUGAGCAGACACCCCGGACCCCCCUCCCCUCCCCUCCCCUUCCCUUCCUUCCCUCAACCCCCCCCCCCACACCACAUCACUAGGUCAU